GCUGUCCUCAAGCCAACGACGCAUACAACAACUAUACGUUCCUCAGAGCACUGGCCGAAACCAUGUCAAAGCCGGCGCCUGAACCAUCUGCACAGGAAAUCCAAAGAAAGUUAUCAGUUCAUUCUGUGGCAAAGCCAAGAAAGAUCCCCGCGUUGGCACAAACACACGUCUCGGGAACGGAAUCUGACUCCGACUCUGCGCUAUCUCCAGACUUGCUGUCUACGCAAUCAUUAAGCUCUAGCGGGGUGUUGCUUGGUGGAAGCUCAUCACAACCACCGCUCUCUUCGAUCGCUGAGCGGCGAUCAGGGAGUGGUGAAGAGUCGGACGAGGACGACGAGGACGACGAAGAAGGCUGGAAGGGGGGUGAGAAACAUGGAAAGACGCGAGUUUCGGCAGAUGAAAGUGUCAUCAAGGCAGGGUAUCUAUGGAAGAAGGGUGAACGGCGUAAGACUUGGAAAAAGAGAUGGUUUGUCCUGCGUCCUGCGCAUCUGGCAUACUACAAGACUUCAGCCGAGUAUAAGCUACUCCACCUUCUCGACCUCUCCGACAUACACUCAUGCACGCCCGUCGCACUCAAGAAACACACCAACACUUUCGGGCUUGUCUCUGCGGUGAGGACAUUUUAUCUUCAGGCUGUAAGUGCAGAGGAAGUGCAGCAGUGGGUUCAAGCCAUCCAAGAAGCUCGCGAGUCCCUCAUGGCUACAUCGACGCAAAACUCUUAUGCUACAGCACCCAUACCAAUACCCGGGACACAGGGCAGCUCACAUCCACCUCCCGUGACGCCAUCGCCUCCUUCUCACGUCUCUCAAAAUAUCACUUCCUCGGACUCGGAAGAUGCCUCUCCUAGCGCGGUACGGACUUAUUCUAGUUCUUCGCAGACUCGACCUGUCAUCGCCUCCUCGCCUUCGCGUCCUCAAGGACUGCCGAAGGACGUUACAAAGAUAGUGCUUUCCGGUUACUUGAUGAAGUGCGGCUCGAAGCGUCAUAAUUGGCGCAAGCGGUGGUUCGUACUGAAUGGUGAAAAGCUGGUUUACUCUGGAAGCCAUAUGGACACGAAGCCACACCGGCAGUUCUCAUUUUCAGAGAUUCUUGACGCCCUCGAAUUCGACAUAAAAGCAAACAGGCACGGUGUUAGUGCACCGCCCACGGCAACUUCCUCGAUACCCUCUUCGUCUCCCGAGGUCUCUAGUUCUGGUCAUGGACCCCACACGUUCAAAAUUGUAACGACUAAGCGAACACUUUUACUCUGUGCACCUAGCGAAGAGGAGGAAAUUAAAUGGUUAAGCGCCAUACGGGCGCUGAUUGCUCGACGAACAGGAGCUGGGGUUGUCCCUGGGGAGUCGAGCAGCAACGCCUCGAGGGCGAUGUCAGGAAGCAUUGACGCUGGUCAGGGUAGUGGUGGUGGGGUAGGAUCUGCAGGGAGUGGUGGAUUGCGAAAUAAGGUUAGGAAGUUGAGUGUCAGCGGGACGAGCACGGCAGUGCCCAUACCGGAGGGAAGUCUGGAGAGAUGAUUGAUCUAGAGAUAAACGGCAUCCAAACAGGUCUCCAGAUUCAUUGUAAUUGUACCAGCACUCUCACGUUACUACCCUGGUUCUGUUUCCGGUGCUGUGUAACAUCAUUUCACCCAUCAGCUAUCAGCUUAGUGUGGCUGUUCACUUCGAUUCAUAUCUAGUGUGGAUUGUAUCGUU